GUCUUCCAGUAGGAUACAAGCUCUGCACUCUGCAUUGCUUUCCAAGCUAUGUGCCUGAAAGAAGAAUCAGGACACAGAGAGGUAGAGUAACAGACUAGAAUCAGUGACGUAUUCUGGUGUAGCAAUACAGAGGCUGGCAGGAGAAGAGAGAGGUGCAGGAAAACAUACAGACCAGAGCAGGGGAGAUCCCUCACACUGCAGCAAAUGAUCCGCAACUUUCUGCUCAAUGACUCAGAAGAUGAGGAGCUAAAGGAAAUAAUUCGUACGUUUCCUGGAGAAAGCAGCAACAGAGCUCAAGAGCCAAACGAAAAACUUUUCAUAGAGCAGCAAGGCCUGCAGAUAAGGGCCCAAGCAGAGCAACAAGAACAGGAGGAACAGUUCCAAAAGGAGGAGGGCUACUACAGGAAAGAGCAGCAGGAGCAGGAUAGACUUCGCGGAGAACAACAGGAGGAAGAGACUCUACAUAAAGAAGAAGAGGGACUCCGUCGAGAGUAUCAGGAAGAAAAGCUGCGCAGAGAGCAGUGCGAAGAGGAUGAAAAGCUCCGCAGGGAGCAGCAACGUGAAGAGGAGGAACGGCUUCACAGGCAACAUCAAGAAGAGACUCUGCGAAGGGAGCAACAGGAAGAAGAGAGGCAACGCAAGGAGCGUCAGCUGGAGGUCAGGCUUAGCAAGGAGCAGCAAGAGGAGAAAUUCCACAAAGAACAUCUGGACAACAAACUUUGGUGGGAGCAGGAAACUGAAAAACAGUGGGAUCAGCAGAAAUAUCACCGAGAUCUACACGACGAGAGAGUCUUUUAUAAUGAUACCAUGCAGGCCCAUGUAGACCCUGAGCUCCUUUCUGUUAGGCAAAUUAAAGAGGACAUUGAUGAGGGGAAGGACAUAAGCCAGACCCUUCCUGUCUUGCCUCCAGUUUGGGGCUGUCCACCACUGGUACCACCUCCAAGUCCUUCUAGACCUAAAAGCCCAUGGGGAAAACUUGACCCUUAUGACUCUAGUGAGGAGGACAGAGAAUAUGUUGGAUUUGCGACUCUUCCCAACCAGGUGCACAGGAAGUAUGUGAAGAAAGGCUUUGAAUUCACCCUCAUGGUUGCAGGUGAAUCUGGCCUUGGAAAGUCAACUCUCAUAAACAGUCUGUUCCUGACAGAUCUCUAUCGGGGCCGCCAGCUACCAAGUCCAGAAGAGCGGGUAACACAGACGGUGGAGAUCGUGAAGCAGACAGUGGACAUUGAGGAGAAGGGUGUUCGAUUACGGCUGACAGUUGUGGACACGCCCGGUUUUGGAGAUGCUAUAAAUAAUGAGGAAUGCUGGAAACCAGUUGCUGAUUAUAUUGACCAACAAUUUGAGCAAUACUUUAGAGAUGAGAGUGGACUAAACCGCAAAAAUCUCCAGGAUACACGUGUACAUUGCUGUCUGUAUUUUCUUUCUCCGCUUGGACAUGGUUUGCGACCUCUAGAUGUUGAGUUCCUUCAAGCACUACAGGACCGAGUAAACAUUGUGCCAAUUCUGGGGAAGGCAGACACUUUGACACCUAAAGAGCUUAUCCAGCAAAAACAAAAGCUACGUGAGGAGCUGGAUUAUUUUGGCAUUCGAAUCUAUCAGUUUCCUGACUGCGAUUCAGAUCAAGAUGAAGAUUUUAAGAUUCAGGAUAUGGAGUUGAAGAAAAGCAUUCCAUUUGCUGUGAUUGGCUCUAACACCAUUGUGGAAGUCAAUGGGAAACGUGUGAGAGGCCGAUUGUACCCAUGGGGCGUUGUAGAAGUGGAGAAUGAGAAGCACUGUGACUUUGUCAAGCUGCGUACCAUGCUGAUUCGAACUCACAUGCAGGAUCUGAAAGAUGUGACCCGAGAGACCCACUACGAGAACUACCGGGCUCAGUGUAUCCAAAGCCUGACUCAGCGGGUGGUCAGAGAAAGAAACCGCAAUAAACUGACCAGAGAGAGUGGUACAGACUUCCCAAUCCCCAGUGUGCCUCCAUCACCAGACCAUGAGACAAUGAGACUCAUCCGGGAAAAGGAUGAAGAGCUACGGAGGAUGCAAGAAGUGCUGCAGAAGAUGCAGAGACAGAUGAACGAAUCUCAUUAAGCCUUUUGCUGUGCCACUCUACUCAUGUUACCUCAGUUUUCCCCCUGAUAUCUCUACUUUCCGGAAUCAUCAAGCUUAUAUGAUCAAAUGUACAGACCAGGUGCCUGCAGAGGGAAAACAAAACAUGAAUAGACCAAUAGAUAGGUCUAGUAAGCACAUCUCUGGGAUAUAGUAUUUA